GGUCCACAGAGCAAGAAAGAGCGAGAGAUGAGUACGGCGACUGAGAUAAUGGAGAGAGACGCAAUGGCUACGGUGGCUCCCUACGCUCCGGUCACCUUUCACCGCCGUGCUCGUGUUGACAUGGAUGAUAGACUUCCUAAACCUUAUAUGCCAAGAGCACUGCAAGCACCCGACAGAGAGCAUCCGUAUGGAACCCCAGGCCAUAAGAAUUAUGGACUUAGUGUUCUUCAGCAACAUGUGGCCUUCUUCGAUUUAGAUGAUAAUGGAAUUAUCUAUCCUUGGGAGACCUACUCUGGACUGCGAAUGCUUGGUUUCAAUAUCAUUGUAUCGCUUAUCGCAGCCGCUGUAAUCAACUUGGCCCUUAGCUAUGCUACUCUUCCGGGAUGGUUUCCUUCGCCGUUCUUCCCAAUAUACAUACACAAUAUACACAAGUCAAAGCAUGGAAGCGACUCAAGAACAUAUGACAAUGAAGGGAGGUUUAUGCCGGUGAAUCUUGAGUUGAUAUUUAGCAAAUAUGCGAAAACAUUGCCAGACAAGUUGAGUCUUGGAGAAUUAUGGGAGAUGACACAAGGACAACGUGACGCAUGGGACAUCUUCGGAUGGUUCGCAAGCAAAAUAGAGUGGGGGUUGUUGUACUUGCUAGCGAGGGAUGAAGAAGGGUUUCUGUCAAAAGAAGCGAUUAGGAGGUGUUUUGACGGGAGCUUGUUCGAGUAUUGUGCCAAGAUAUACGCAGGUAUCAAUGAAGACAAGACAGCCUACUACUAAAAGUAAAUGGUAGAGGAGCUUUAGGCUGAUAAUCGUCGAUGUGAAUGUAACUUGUGUCUAAAGCAGAGUCCAUGUGUUUGUUAUGUUAUGUCAAAAUCUGUAAGGUAGAAGUAUGAUCAGUUGCAGCUGGUAUAGAAAAACUUCUAUGUUGAAUAAUAGUAUGUUUUGUUGUUGUGUUUGUGUUUGUAUCAACCCUUUU